ACUGGCCGGCUGAGGAGCCCGGACCGCGUUGCCCUGGGCAGUUGGGCGCGCGGCCCGGCGACGGAGGGCUUCUCGGCGCGGCUCGGCCUUUCCCGGGAGGGAGCGAUGGGGCGCGCGGGCGCCGGCGAGCGGACGCCGGUGUAAGACGCGCGGCGCCCGGCCCCGGAGCUAGGCGGCGGCGGCGGCGGCGUCGGGCGCGGGGAGGCCUGUGAGGGCCGCCGCCCCGAGCCCCGGCCUCCCGCGCCAUGGCCCCCAUGGGCAUCCGCCUGUCCCCGUUGGGGGUGGCCGUGUUCUGCCUGCUAGGGCUCGGCGUGCUCUACCACCUCUACUCGGGCUUUCUGGCCGGCCGCUUCAGCCUCUUCGGCCUGGGCGGCGAGCCGGGCGGCGGCGCGGCCGCAGGGCCCGCGGCCGCGGCCGACGGGGGCACCGUGGACCUGCGCGAGAUGCUGGCCGUGUCGGUGCUGGCGGCGGUUCGCGGCGGCGAUGAAGUCAGGCGAGUCCGCGAGAGCAACGUCCUCCACGAGAAGUCCAAGGGGAAGACGCGCGAGGGGGCCGAGGACAAGAUGACCAGCGGGGACGUGCUGUCCAACCGCAAGAUGUUCUACUUGCUCAAGACCGCCUUCCCUAACGUGCAGAUAAAUACUGAGGAACACGUAGAUGCAGCUGAUCAGGAGGUUAUCAUAUGGGACCGUAAGAUUCCUGAGGACAUCCUGAAGGAAAUCGCCACCCCUAAGGAGGUACCAGCAGAAAGCGUUACUGUCUGGAUCGAUCCACUGGAUGCUACACAGGAAUAUACAGAGGAUCUUCGAAAGUAUGUCACUACUAUGGUGUGUGUGGCUGUGAACGGUAAACCUGUGCUAGGAGUAAUACAUAAGCCAUUUUCUGAAUACACAGCUUGGGCCAUGGUAGAUGGCGGGUCCAACGUGAAAGCCCGCACUUCCUACAACGAGAGGACCCCGAGGAUCGUUGUGUCACGCUCCCAUUCAGGAAUGGUCAAGCAGGUUGCUCUUCAGACUUUUGGAAACCAGACCGCCAUUAUCCCAGCUGGUGGUGCCGGUUAUAAAGUGUUAGCACUCUUGGACGUACCCGAUAAGAGUCAAGAAAAAGCUGAUCUGUAUAUCCAUGUGACAUACAUCAAAAAAUGGGAUAUAUGUGCUGGCAACGCCAUCUUAAAAGCCCUUGGGGGGCAUAUGACUACCCUGAGCGGUGAAGAAAUCAGUUACACUGGGUCCGACGGCAUUGAAGGAGGGCUCCUUGCCAGCAUCAGAAUGAACCACCAAGCCCUGGUCAGAAAACUGCCAGAUCUAGAGAAGACAGGACAUAAAUAAGCAAAGCUGGUUACAGGUCACAGCUCUUCCCAAGUUGAACGGUCCGCCGAAACGCUGGGGGCUUCAAAGCAUCGGUGCAGACUAUGCAUGGUUAAGGCCAUCCUGAACUUUCUAAAGUAUUUAUGAAGCAUCAGAGACUUAUUUUCCCUGUAAUAGGAUGGAAGAUCAGGGAAAAUGGGUUGCUUCGUGUCUCGAGUAUUGUCUUUAUUUUUGAGACGAUUUUCGUACAGUUGUCAUACACAAGGCGCAUAUAUAUAUAUAUGUAUAUAUAUAUAUUUGUGAAUUAAAAUCUACAGCUGGGUACAUUGUUCCGAGUCACCAUUUUCACACAACAUCACGAACCUUCACUGUUUGUUUGUACUUUCAUAUAGAAUUGGGCUGAAGAAAGGAUUGAUUUUGUGUAGAUUUAAUAAUUACUUUACAAUUGUAUCUCAUUGAAAAUAAAGUUAUUGGGGGUUUUUACCCCUAACGCAGAUAGAAAGCACAAGCAGCCACGCAUUCGUUAAUAUGCAACAAAUGCUCUGUUUAUCUGUUGCUGAGUAUUUCUUAAGGAUUAAAAUAGAAAAAGCUGAAAUUGUUUUCAUUCUUUGAAAUGUUAAUAACAGGUUCACCAGCUAGUCGAGAAUAGAGCCGUUUGAUGGCUGAGUUGUGAUUGUAGUUUCCGUGUGUGUGUGUUUUGUUCUGCUCCGUUUUCUUCUGAUGCAGAGCGGUGUAUUUGUACCCCUGGGUUCAACGUUUCUGCCAUCGUCCUACUGAUUUUCGUUUGCUCUGUGGACGGUGCGUGGUUCCAUCCUUUCCCUCCUGACCAACAUUUAGUUUUAACUCAUAAGGUCUGGAUUAAGGUUUCAGGGUCAGCACUAGGAUUUUGGUGCAUUUUCUCGUCAGGGAUAAAUGAUGCACUAUAAGAAUAUAAAUGACUCUAUUAAUUGACUUAUUUGACAGUUACAUGGCUUAAGCUAGCUUUCGUUAUUUUAAAAAACUUUGUUUUAGUACUUUUUAAACAAUUUGCCAGGUUUGAAUGUAGAGAUUCUCUCCUUACCAAGAAUGAUUUCUGGUUGCUUUUACCGUUAAUAAACGCACCUAACCUAACUAAAUUCUCCAGGUAGUAACUUUCAAGAUACUUUGAAGUUUCCAUUCAGAUUAAAAUAAUGAUGGUUAAUGUUACUUUUUGAUUAAUUUUUUAAAAUUCGGUGUGUGGAAUCUGGUUGGAAGAAAGGCGGUUGAGUCUUCACUGAGUCACUAUAAUUCGCCCCUUACUUUGUGAACUGUCUUUCCUGGGGAUGCCGGAUUUCUCUCAGUGUGAGAUCUGGAAACUCUGUGUAAACAAAUACCGUUAUUUCAUGUGACUUCGUAUUUUGUAACAUUCUGAUAAAGGGGGCGGGAUGGCUUAUUUUGUUUUCUUUGAAACAGCUUUCCAUUUAUUUUCCUAUCUUGGAGGUGAAAUUGACCAAAGAAUGGACAUCCUCACCUGGUGGCACGUGCAUACAACUUUAGGUCUGCGUUUUACACGGUCUCCAAAGCCCUUUACUUCCUCAUUAGGGACUUGAAUCCGGUAGGAUGCACGUGUUUCUCCUCAAUAUCCAGCAGCUGGUCACCAGUCUGGGAGUGGAGUGGGCCUCAAUAGGUGGGAUUUUGUUCAACGAAAAUUCAGGCAACGUUUUGGUAGUCGGGACACUUGGUAUUUAAACAGGACUUAGGGAUUCAGAACAGGAAAUCGGAGAGCUCACCUUCCUACUUGGCAAUGAAAUGAGAACACUUUUUCUCAGGAGGGAUGGCAGAGGCUUGUAUUUCCAGAGUCGUGGUAGAAGCAGUUAAUUACAAUGUGUCAAAUAUGGGGAAACAGGACUGGCAUGCUAGGAACUGGUGUCUGAUUGGGAGUUGUUGGUUGUUUUUGUUCUGUUUUGUUGUUUUCAGCAAUAGACGGAGACUUUCUAACUUCAUGGAAAUGAAACCAGUUCAUAUUAGCAAGCACGACUGCUUUGGUUUUAUUUUUAAUUGCAUUAAUCUGCACGUAGAUAAUGACUUGCGAAGGGCUUGUGUGCAAAAAUUAAGAUAUUGGCUGGCAGUUAAAUGCAUUAUUUAUAUAAUUUAUUGGGUAGAGGCUAACUACUAAUGGUUUUUAGGUGCUUUCAUAGAGAGUUCCGUUUUGAAAUUUUGCUUUUGUUUCCAAAAGUCAGUCUACAUUACAGAACUAAUAGAAGUACAAAGAACAGUGUUUAUAUUUAUUUAUGUGAGACAUUGUGUCAGAACAUACCAGUGAAACACCAUGAAUAAGUAAGGCAUGUAAUAUCUCCCAGAAUUACAGAAAUAAAAUCACUUCUGAAAUGUAGCACAAUAAUUAGAGUUUAACUUUUAGUGACCCUGAACCUCCCUGACUCCUGGCCUUCCCUUUCCUUUAUCUUUACCCUCACUGAGAGCACAGUGUUCCCUUAAAAUUUGAGUUUCACCCAUCACACUUAGUAAAAACAGGGACGCCAGUAACCUCAGUACUUAUCGGCCGUCCCCUUCCUCUGCCCUUGGUCUUUACCCUGUUCUCGAUGCCCUCAGCCCCUUAAUGUUCUUCGCUCUCUGCCCCUCUUUCCUGACCAGCACUCUUCCCCAACGCUCAACCCCGAAUUCUCUCAUAGACCUACUUUUCUCCAGGUUGGCUGCUGAGAUCUCCCGGUAGAACGGAGACGCUAGGUCAGUCCCCAGCCAGGGAGACGAAGCCUUGUCAGAGUUCUGGUUGACCGUUACUUUUCAGAGACGUCUCAAAAAGCAAGGGAAGAUCACCUUCAAAACCACAAAGAUCCGCCCUGUCAAGGCUAAUCCGGUGCUUCUGUCUAUACGGAGCAUUUCCUUCACAGAACCGAAAAUGCAGUCAAUACGAGAAAUGCUACCCCAUGGACGUUUACCUCUAGAAAAUGUGAUUGCUUCCAACGAAAUGACUAUCCCAAACUCUCUGCCCCUGGACAUACGUUGCCAAACUGAAAUUUGAAUUUUCUGAAUAAAUUGGUCAUGUCUGGAA